AUGCCCACUGAUAAAACAAGACCGAUGGACAGCGGGGACGGAAAGCUCUUCAGGAAAUCUUUCACCGAAGAUGGGAGGGGUGAAACAAAGCCGAUCCCUGAAGUGAAAUCGGGAGCUCGUUACAUAUACUAUCGAUUAUAUACAAAAGAUGGUCCACUCGAAUCGAACCACCCUAUCUACUCUAACGACCGCUUUAUCAGCCGGAUCGCGUCAACAUUAGUGAGACCCCCUCAGACCGCUGCCUCUCUGACGAGGUAUCUUUGCAAGAUUGAGGGUUUAAACCACCGAAGUGGCGUUUUGUAUCAAUCACUUUCGGAUACUGCAGCCCUAGACGACGCAACUCGCCUCUUGUUUCGAGGGACAUCUGGACCAGGCCCAUCUGAUGUAGAUCCAGUGGCGCUAAUUGUUGACACACGCUCUGCGGAGAAGAGAUCACCAGCGUCGAGUUCAGCUGAAUCGCAAGAAUUAUUAGAAUGGAAAUUUCAACAACAUUACGUGUACUAUCGCAUCUACGACGAUGAUGGCGGGACUGUCCCAAAAACCGCUUUUGCGGAGAACAAUCCCUCUUUGGGCCGUCUCAACACUCUUUCUGUGCCCCCACCUCACGCUGUGUCUUCCUUGAAGAAUUGCAUUAUGAAAGUUGAAGAUCCAUCAGGCAACAACGUUCAACUAUUUGAGGAUGAGAGCAGCGAGUCUGCCAUGAAUGACAGUGAUGCGAUUACUGUUCUCUCUGAUACUUUCCCAGGAUGGAUGGAAGACCAACCUAUAGCGAUUACAUAUGACUCAGGAACGACAAUUGGUUCAGCUGACAACGAGAAUCCGCCCGACAUUCAGAUACGAGAACUGAGGGAAGCAUUGGCACAGAGCAUAAAAGAACUUGAAGAAGCAAACCGAACACACGCACGUGAGCUCGCUGAGGUGAGAGAAGGAUGGAAUAUAGCGAAAGAGACACACGAGCGCGAGAUAAAUGAAGCCCUAUCCACAAUACAUCAACUUCAAGAGCAGUUGGAAGUACGAUCAGACUUCCCAAAGAAAAUCAAAACAACGACUACUUUGGAUGAUGGGAUGAAAGAUGCCAAAUGGCACUCAAUAAAACCGGGGGAGAUUUUCUACACAGAUGGUAUUUCCAGACAAGAAACGUUUGCCGGCGGCUCCUAUCUCAAUGCAUGCUACCUGGCGAUGAACUCUUUUGGAAAACAGGCUUUUGUUGAUGCUCGUGAUUACAACAUGCAUCUUGCAACUUUAUUUCUGACCCGAACUCUUUCUUACUAG